AAACAUUUUUUCAUUUUUUAUUAAAAAAGAGAGGGUUUUUUUUUUUUUUUUUUUCUGAAGCAGGUGAAGAGAGAGAGAGAUCAUAACUGAUUUUUUUUUAGUUUCUUUUUAUAUAAAUAUGAUGACAAUGUAAUGCUGAAUAGGCUCUCUCUCUCUCUUCGGUCUUCACUCUGCCUCUCAACCACUCGCAAGUCACAACGGCAACACAACAAACCCAAAAAAGAACCGAUGACUGAUAACUCACAGGGAAAAAAAUUAUAUUGAGUUUGGAGGUUUAGCACUUCUCAGACUAUUCCAUCACUUAAUUCAAAAGGACAGGGCUGCCUGACUGGUGAAAUUGAUGGAGGGUUCAAUCAGGUGUUCUGCUAACUACAUCCCCCUCUCUCCAAUCAGCUUCCUGGAGCGCUCGGCCAUAGUCUACAGAGACAGGCCUUCUGUUGUAUACGGAAGCAUCAUCUACACUUGGAGAGAGACACUUGAACGAUGCACCAGACUCGCUUCUGCUCUUUCCCAGCUCGGAAUUUCUCGUGGAGAUGUGGUAGCUGCAUUGGCUCCAAAUAUCCCAGCAAUGUAUGAGCUCCAUUUUGGUGUUCCAAUGGCAGGCGCAGUUCUCUGUACACUUAAUGUACGCCAUGAUUCACAAAUGGUGUCAGUAUUAUUAAAACAUUCUGAUGCCAAAUUCGUUUUUGUAGACUACCAACUUUUCCAUGUUGCUAAAGGAGCAUUUGACAUUCUGUCCAAGACUAGAACCAAGCUACCUGUUCUAGUCUUAAUCCCAGAGAGUAAUCAAUUGUCCCCUGAGUUCUGCAACCCCAUUUCUGGGAACUUGGAAUAUGAGAGCCUAUUAGGAAGGGGAAAACUCGAUUUUGAGAUCCAACGGCCAAAAGACGAAUGGGAUCCAAUUUCACUCAACUACACUUCAGGUACUACAUCAAGCCCAAAAGGUGUCAUUUAUAGCCACAGAGGUGCCUAUCUCAAUUCGUUUGCAGCAAUUCUUCUCAAUGAGAUGCCCUCAAUGCCUGUGUAUUUAUGGUGUGUGCCCAUGUUUCAUUGCAAUGGCUGGUGCCUCACUUGGGCUGUGGCUGCUCAGGGUGGCACCAAUAUCUGCCAAAGAAAUGUCACUGCAAAAGGAAUAUUUAGCUGUAUUUCUCAGCACAAGGUGACCCACAUGGGUGGUGCACCCACCGUUUUAAACAUGAUUGUAAAUGCACCAGAAAAUGAGCGAAGGCCACUUCCGGGAAAGGUAAUAGUCAUGACUGGAGCUGCACCGCCACCAGCCCAGGUACUAUUCAAGAUGGAAGAACUUGGGUUCAAUGUAACCCACUCAUAUGGUUUGACAGAAACUUAUGGUCCUGGGACAGUUUGCAGUUGGAAGCCUGAAUGGGAUUCCCUGCCUCGGGUUGAACAGGCAAAGAUCAAGUCUAGACAGGGGUUGCAACAUCUUGGCAUGGAGGAACUCGAUGUUAAAGAUCCUGUGACCAUGAAGAGUGUACCGUCUGAUGCAAAAACCAUGGGUGAGGUUAUGUUCAGGGGCAACACCGUGAUGAAUGGAUACUUGAAAGAUCAUCAAGCAACAAGGGAUGCAUUUAAAGGUGGAUGGUUUCGUAGUGGGGACUUGGGGGUGAAACACCCGGAUGGUUACAUAGAACUAAAGGACCGUUCGAAGGAUAUUAUCAUUUCCGGGGGCGAAAAUAUUAGCACAAUUGAGGUGGAAUCAGUGCUUUUUAGUCAUCCAGAUAUUCUUGAGGCAGCUAUUGUGGGAAGGCCUGAUGAAUAUUGGGGGGAGACACCUUGUGCAUUUGUGAAGUUGAAGGAUGGCUGUAAAACUGGUACAGAGGAGAUUAUUAAGUUUUGUAAGGAUCGGUUACCCCACUAUAUGGCUCCUCGAACAGUUGUUUUUGAAGAUCUGCCAAAGACUUCGACUGGGAAGGUGCAGAAGUUUGUAUUGAGAGAAAAGGCUAAGGCCAUGGAAAGCCUCACCAAGAACACCAUCAGCAAACUGUAAAGCCUCUUGCUGUAGCUGAUGACUGUUUUAUUUGACAGUCUGUUUCUUUCAAGUUGUAAGUAGGCAUUGUCAAUUGCCAUUUGUUCUGCUACUCCAUCCACACUUUUAUCCUGUGAAAUUUAGUAAUGGGAACUUGUAAGUGUGCCACUUUUUCA